GGGAUGGGACGGGAGGACAAAACAACUUCCUGGUUUCUUUCAGAGGCUUAAGAAACUCCCUAGAGGUCUGGGGGAGCUUUCAAGUUGCUUCAUUUUAGUUAUUCCCAAGACCUGUGACCAGUGGGUGAAAGUACCAGGGGAUAACCAGUGGCUACUCUGCCCCUGAGGGUGUUAGGGCCAUCUGUCACGAGGAAGCUGGUUUUUCAGCUGUCCCAGGCCAUUCCCACAGCAGCUUGGAUGGUAGGCCAGGAGGCCGUGCCCUUCCCUCCAGGAACUCAGUCAAGUGGGCAGCCCGAAGAUGGAUAAUUACACGUCAGCACCAGAGGACGAGUAUGACGUCCUCAUAGUGGACGACAUGAGCAAUUACAAAAUAGCUCAAUGCGAUCAGUACGACACGAGGUCCCUCUCAGCCCACCUGGUGCCACCGCUCUACACGACAGUGUUCAUCGCCGGCCUCCUGGGUAAUGUUUUGGCUGUACUUAUUCUGGUAAAAUAUAAAGGACUCAAACAUGUGGAAAAUAUCUAUUUCUUGAACUUGACAUUUGCUAAUUUGUGUUUCUUGCUGACCCUGCUGUUCUGGGCUUACACUGUCUCCCAGGAGGGGAUUCUUGAGAAUCCUUUUUGCAAAAUUCUCGUUGCCCUCUACUCCAUAGGCCUCUAUAGCGAGGCGUUUUUCAAUGCUCUUCUGACUGUGCAGAGGUACGUGGUGUUUCUCCACAUGAGAAGCUCUGCCUGGGCUAGGAAGGUGCACUGCAGUGCUGUCACAAGCGUUCUGGCAUGGGGGACAGUCAUUCUGGUCAUUUUGCCAGAAUGCAUGUUUUACAAGCCUCAGGUGGAAAGCCAGACAUACCAGUGCUUCUUUAGCAGACCUCAUUUUCUGCCAGCUGACGAGACAUUCUGGAAGUAUUUUCUGACCCUAAAGAUGAACAUUUUGGGAUUUCUUUUUCCACUGUUUGCUUUUGUGUUUUGCUACGUGCGGAUGAGAAAAACACUCAGGCUCAGGGGGAAGCAGUGUGACCUUUUCAAGCUUGUUUUCGCCAUCAUGGUUGCCUUCCUUCUAAUGUGGGGACCCUACAAUAUCGCACUUUUCCUGUCUACUUUCAAAGAACACUUCUCCCUGCAUGACUGCAAGAGCAACUACGACCUGGACAGAAGUGUUCAUGUGCUGAAAAUCAUCGCUGCCACCCACUGCUGCGUCAACCCUUUCCUCUGUGUAUUUCUCGACAAGGAAUUUAGGAAACACCUCUGCCGCCUCUGCCAUCUGUGUGAUGAUGCUCCGCUUCAGCCUGAGGACUCUGCACAAGAUGCACCCAGGGAGGAAGGGGAAUGUUCCACGGACAUGUAAACUAGCCUUCUCAAAAUCGGGGUAAAUAAACAUUGGCUUUUGUCUUGU